GAAACAGCCAAAAUUUCAUGCUGUGCCUGUUUUACAGAUUUAUUCACAGUCCCAAUAAUUUUUUUUUGUUUGUUUUCGGCAAAUUUUACAAUCAUGGAAUCUCGGUCUGCUGCCGACUGGACGCUGGUGGGCCAAGGCCCCACGGGCAGUGUGGCCGAGCUCGCUCAAGUCGAGUCGCUCCUUGCACGGUCCUCCAAUGACGGUGCUGCCGACGCUGCGCAGGCGGGCGACAACCAGACGACGACAAGUACUCACAGCCGCCACCGCAGCGCUUCCGACAGUGACGUGGUCGGUGCUUCCUCUGUCCACCCGCUGCCUGUUUCACCAGUGCCUGAAGCAGCUAUCAUGCCGCCCAAGUCAUCUGGCGAAAGUGCGCAAUCGACGGCGUUGGCUUUGUCGGGCGGAGUGGCGUCGGGGAAACCGGAACCUGCGUCAUCAGUCUCGGCGACAGCGACCACACCAGCAACCGAUGCUCCUCCUGCUGAGCGCACCACGCGUCACAUUACCAUUCUAUCCAUUGUCUCCUCUGUCACAGAGGACGCGGCCAGCGAAACCAGUGCGGGCCUGUCGCGUGUGGAAGUGCACCGUGAGCAUCCGUUGCCGCUAAAACUGACGCCAGCCGCGGGCACUGCUAGCGCUAGCGCUGGCGCUGGCGCUGCUGCUCCACCAGCAGCUCAUUCAUCGACCCAUGUGCUUUCCUAUUCCUGGGAAAUAAUUACUGCGCCUUUCUCGGCCAUUUCCUCUGCCAUCGGAGCAUUAUUCGCCUUGGCAAGCAGACCUGCUGCCAAAAACAACUCUGCCACUGCUGUGCGGGCUCAGGCGCUUCCUGCUGAGCUUUCGCGCAGUCUCAGCGCAUACGACUCCAAGGGCAAUGCUGUGGACUUUGCUGCUACAGACACUCGCGUCAUAGAGUCGAGCACCUCUUUUGAAAACGAUGGCUCCACUGCCAUCACGAAGGCGGUGGUUCACACAAACGCUCCCUAUCUUGGUCUCACACCGUCGUUGACUCUUGUGCCGCGCAAGACCCCCGAAACUCAACCUGUGGCUGCAGACCUGGCAGCCAAACGAUGCCUGCGCUCCGCUGCUGCUGCCGUCUUGCUUACUUCCACCGCCGCCCCAUCCCUUCCGUCCGUUCCGCUUGCCAAAUCCAUUCCCGUGCCCUUUGCGGAGGCGGCGCCCUUCCUUGCCACCGGCGAUAUCAUCCUCUUCCAUGGCGCUCAGUCGAUCUUUUCGGAAACCAUCGAACUUGGUAGCUGGAGCCAGUUCUCGCAUGUGGGCAUGGUUUUGACGCCGCCGCACUUUCUCGCUCUCGACCAGCCUGCUGCUGGCUCGAUCCUCAUGUUUGAGAGUGGCUGGGACACGGAAGCCGACGUUGAGGACCACAAGAUCAAGUUUGGCGUGUCGAUCGUGCCGUUCACUGCCGACUAUGUUCGCAGCUACACUGGACGCAUCUACGUGCGGCGACUCAUGGACUCUGCGACGCGCCAGUCGUACGGCUCGGUUCAUCGCGACGAGAUGAACCGCAGCCUUGCGCUCAUCCACCAAGUCGUCUACAACAAACCGUACGACACCGAUCCAAUGGACUUUAUCCGCGCCGAGCUCAAGCUGCACUAUGGCAACACGCGCCGCACCGACAUGUUCUUUUGUUCCUCGUUCCUGGCCUAUGUGCUGUACGAGCUGAAUCUGCUGGUGAUGACCAAGACCAACGGGUGGGUCUUGUACACUCCCAAGGACUUUUCGUCCGAGGUCCCGACGGUUGUGGGUCUCAAGGACAAUGUCUACCUCGAGAGCGAGAUUGAGCUUGUUGCGUGAGAGUGUUUCCAUAUGCGUGUUGUUCAUACUAGUGUUGGUUGUCUUUGCUACAUUUUUUUGUUUCGUGUGCAAAGUGUUUUGUACAGAACAUGUACUGCAGCUCUUGUGGAACUCUCAUUGGUGCAUUGAGCCAAAUCGAGAUCAGAGUAGUAUAAUCCAAGCAUGCGCUUGCUCACUCCA